AUGAGCUCAGUCACUGCUUCCACCUCGCAGACUCCAGAUCGCACCGGUUCAACAAGCACCGCUCGCACAUCGUCUAGCGAGACAGAGCCUCCAGAAGCGUCUUCCUCGACCUUCUCGACCGACUCGGCGGAACCCUUGCCCUCGUCCUCGAGUACCGCGCCACCAUCUGCCGACUCACCAUCUCGACUCGGCCACAGCUUCUGGUCUUCGUGGAUAUCGCCCUCCUCUUCCUCAGCAGUCGCUGCAUCAUCCGCCAUGGAGAAGCGCUCAAAACCUCGUCGCCCUUCUUUUGAGGAGUUCCGAGCCGAGGAACCUCCACAAGCCCGUCUGAUCCGUCUUCGCGGCCUCUUCGAUACCCUCCUCGAUGAAGACGACGAGCAGGCUUUGGCAGGUGGCAGAGCUAGAGAAGAAUGGAUGAAAUCGGCUCGUCGUGCUCGCUACGGUGCUGGUGGAAGCUUAGCGCGUGGCAGCCUCGCGCCUUCAGACAUCCGCAACUCCACCGUCGGCUUUGAGGCAUGUACCAUGUCCAACCGGUCGUCGUCCUCCUCUUCAGAUGCCUCUUCUCAGUCUGCGUCCGCAUCGGCCCCAACACCUGGGUCUUCAUCAUCAUCGUCGUCGUCCUCGGAAGGAGCCACCUCAUCCUCCACCUCACCCUCCUCAUCGUCUACAGAUUCACAGCUACCUGCACCUCCACCGCCUCCACGACAAUCAUAUGCCAAAGAGCUCCUCAGCCAAUGUCGCAAAUGUCGCGAAGACAUCGAGUCUCAACGUGAACGCCUGGCCAAUGAGCAAGCCAAACGACCCACCAGCCCCGGAUGGUCUUCUCCGCUGACCUUGCCCGGCUGGCUCGGCGGCGAAAAGGUAGCCGAGUCGGAAAAGGAUGCCGCGGAACCACCGAAAAGCACAUUGGCCACGGUGAAGGACAAGAUCCUCCCCAAGUCCUUGUCCGGCUCUUCUCCGCAAGAAGAGAAGCCACCCGCAUCUUCGUCCUCCUACCUCAGCUCCGUCGGAUCUCUCUUCGGAUACGGAGGAAAUGCACCCAAGUCAGACGCCGAAGUUCUCGGUUACGGCCACAAUCCACCCGACAUGGAACACGAAGCUGGAUGGACGGGCAGCGGUGUUUGGGGCCUUUCAGCCGUCGGUCACAAGAGACGUGCAGCCGACCGCGAUCGGGACGAGAAGGUGCGCCGAGGUCACAGAGUCGACGACGAUGGCGGCGAACGUCAACGCCAGAUCGAAUGGGAGGGCUUCCUCGCCUACGCCGAAAACAAGGAACGCGAGCUGUACAAGAUUUUUGUCGAGAUGGACAGGAACGCCGACAUGCAACUCGACGUGCAAGAGAUCCGGGCAGCACUCGACCGUGCUGGGAUCGAUGUGCCCCAGAUCUCGCUCGAUGAUUUCGUCGCCAGUCUCACCAGCACACGCACCUCAGGUCAUGCCAGCGGCGAAAAGACGUACGUCACUUAUCCCGAAUUCCGCGACUACCUCUUGCUGCUGCCUCGCAAGCCCUCGGUCCCAGAGAUCUUCCGAUUCUACCAGGUACGCAAGGCGUUCGGCCUGUUUGGAAUGGGCGGAAUCUUUGCCGAGCUCUCCGUAGGCUGGGGCACGACGGAGCGCGGUGCCGCCGCGGUCAACUUCGACGGCGAUGUCAGUCUGGCCGGAGAAGAAAAGAAGCGGGAGUCUCCUGCGGUCAAGGAGGCGAAACGCGCCGAGAAGCUCGGCAAGCGUCAGGAAGCUGCUGCUGCCGCCGCUACCAAGGCGGUUGACGACACAGUCGACUCCACCGACUCUUCUCCGUCGACCAGCUCUGGAAACGUCGACGAAGCCAAGCAAAAGGCAGCUCAGGACGCUGCAGCGGCCGCCAAAAGCGCACACGAUCAGAGCAUCGACGAGGAGGAGGAGGAAGAUGACAACGACAUGAUCCACGGAGCCGUCGCGCUGAAAUUCUUGGUAGCUGGUGGUAUUGCCGGAGCUGUAUCACGUACCGCCACCGCGCCGUUCGACCGACUCAAGAUUUACCUUAUCACCACCGCUGGCUCUUCGGAAGCAGCCGAGACAGCCAAAGCAGCCGUCUCGGGCUCAGGAGGUGCCAACAAAGCUGCUGCAGCCAAAGCGGCCGGUCAGGGUCUUGGCAUCUUGAGGGAAGCGCUGGGAAAUCUGUAUCGCGACGGUGGAGGCCUUCGAGCCUUCUGGGUGGGCAACGGUCUCAACUGUCUCAAGAUCUUCCCGGAAAGCGCCAUCAAGUUCCUCUCUUACGAGACGGCGAAACGCGCGUUUGCAAAGUACGUCGACCACGUGUCGGAUUCGCGCGACAUUUCUGGAACGAGUCGGUUCCUCUCUGGUGGAUUCGGAGGUAUCACGUCGCAGCUGGCGAUCUAUCCGGUGGAAACGUUGAAGACGAGGCUGAUGUCUUCGCAGAACGCCAAGACUUCCUUGCAGGGGAAUGCGUUGCUGGCCAAGACGGCCAAGGAUAUGUGGGCAGCAGGUGGGUUGAGGACGUACUACAGAGGUUUGACGGCUGGAUUGAUCGGCGUGUUCCCGUACUCUGCCAUCGACAUGUCGACGUUCGAAGGCAUCAAGCUGUUCUACAUCAAGUAUACGGGUAAGGAGGAGCCAGGGGUGUUGGCCCUCUUGUCGUUCGGCUCGGUAUCGGGCAGUGUUGGUGCAACGACGGUGUAUCCGUUGAACCUGAUCAGAACGAGGCUGCAGGCUGCCGGUACGCCGGCACAUCCCGCGACGUACGAUGGAUUCUGGGACGCGGCCAAGAAGACGUACGUCCGGGAAGGCUUUACCGGGUUCUAUAGAGGCUUGGUCCCGACGCUGGCUAAGGUGGUCCCCGCGGUCAGUAUCAGCUAUGUCGUGUAUGAGCAGAGUAAGAAGCGGCUUGGGGUUCAGUAG